AUGACCAUAGGCUUAGGCUCCGGUAUCAAGCAAGCACAGAACUUUAGUUACUGGAGAAAAUAUUCUCCAUGUGUUGUUUGGCUGUCCACAAUAGUUGUGUUUAUUUAUAUGGAAAUGCUUUCAUGUCUGCAUGCAUGUAAAUUAACGAUACAUAUUGAUGCAAACAUUCUAAUAAAAGACAUGGUCUCAAUAAAGAGCAGUAAACUAAUGUUUGGAAACGAGCUAUUUUCAGCCUUCUCAAGGAUUCCUGGAAUCUAUCACAUAUCUCUUCCAAGUAGAUUAAUUGAAUUGUUCUCUUUUGCUCCAAAUUUCAUCCCUUCAAACUCUCCAAUUCAAUUUCAAGAGAAGCCUUCAAAAUCAAGACACAGAAGGGUAGCAGCAGCUUCUGUUGAUGGGGAAAACGGUGUUCCAACACUCACACCUUUGCAAACAGGUGAUAAGAAACCAAGAAAACAGACACUUGCUGCCAUAAUUGGCGGUGCCAGUGCAGCUCUGCUUGUGCUGAUCAUUUUGGUGCUUGUGUAUAUCUGCAUGAUGCGUGUUAAAAGAUUCAUGAGGAGAACAUCUGAGACAGCAUCUGCCAUGCCAUCUCCUAAUAGUAAGUCAAUCUUCUUAACAUUAAUGCAGAAAUUUAUGAGGCUUAGAAGUUUCUGAACCUUU